GCGAUCAAGCAACUACUCUCUCUCUCUCUCUUUCUUCUGCCAUCGCCAAAAACUUGUCUUUUGCUUCUUAUUUGGUAAGCUUGCAUUUUUCUCUCACCCAAUUUCUAAUUUCAUGCUUAUUAGAUCGUUAAUUGAAUCUGCAUCCCGCAGUGAUCAUUCUUUGAUUUACGAAUUUGUUUUUUUGUUGUGAUUGAUAAUCUUGUUGUCGAUUUUUGUCAAUUUUAUGGUUUAAUUUACAAAGUGUAUAUUGUGAUUGAAUCGACUGGGAGGGUAUUGAGAGUUGUUUGUUUGAAUCUAACAAAUUCAAGUGCAAAUCUAUUUUAUAGCCACUUAUCUUCUGCUAGUAGAUCUACUUGAGUUUUAAGAGAUGUGACUUCUUUAAUACCAUUGUGAAUUUCAUGGCUAACUGAUAAAAAGGUCUCAGCUCUGAUCUUUUGAUUCAACGGCUCCCGGAGACGACGGAAGCAAUGCAGUUCUUCGGUGGAUCUGAGAUUAGUCCGUCGCCGCCAGUUCCGACGGCGAGUGGAAACAACGCGCACAUGAUGUACGUUUUCAAUCGUAACGGUGUAUGUCUUCUCUACAAAGAAUGGAAUCGGCCUCUUCAUACACUUAAUCCUCAGCAAGAUCACAAGCUCAUGUUUGGUCUUCUCUUCUCUCUCAAAUCUCUCACCGCUAAGAUGGAUCCAGUCAAUGCGGAUAAAGGAAAUCUUGGGGUUCCACAGUUGCCAGGACAAGGUUGCUCUUUCCAUAGUUUCCGUACGAAUACUUACAAGCUAAGUUUCAUGGAGACUCCCUCUGGUAUUAAGAUUAUCUUAGUAACUCAUCCAAAGACCGGAGAUUUACGCGAAUCCUUGAAGUACAUCUACAGUUUAUACGUUGAAUAUGUCGUAAAAAAUCCUAUAUACAGCCCAGGAUCUCCAAUCAAGUCGGAGUUGUUCAACACUGCACUUGACCAGUACGUAAGGAGCAUCUCUUAGUGUGUGCAUUACAGAUUUGUCCAUUGGAACUUCUCUCCUUCAACAGAACUAUCGUCUGAACAAUCUCUGAAAAGAAGAGAGAAUUGUAGUAGAGAGAUUUAUCUUGAGUUCGACUGUUUUCUCUGCAAAUCUAUGUUUCGUUUACCCUUUUUAUUAACUCCACUGUAUUGGCUUGCUAUCAAUGAUGUUCAUGGUUUACUCAAAUCUUGAAAUGCGACAUGAAGCACCAACCCGUAAUUAUGUAAUUUAUGUUAUCUGUAACUUGCAGCAAAAAACAAACCAAAAAAAUGCAUGGUCGUUAUGAAAUCGUUU